AUGAUGCAGGUGCAUUUCCCCCCUGUCCCAUUUCCGCGAGCCCGACCCUCCCCCCAGACUCGAUCGAGAAGGAAGCUUGUGUCAAAACUCAUCGAGAGCUGCUUCAACUUUCACAACAGAAACGGAAGGUUGAUCAGUACUCCCUUUGAAGAAUUGCCCGACGAAUCGAACACGGUCUAUUACGAAAAAGUCAGCCAGCCAAAGAGCUUUGCAUCUGUCCUGGAUCUAUUGAAUCAAGAUCAUUACGACAACCUCAAAGACCUCUACACCGACCUCAAGCAGGUCUUUUCCAAUUUGUCUUAUAUAGUCACCAAAUCCGGCCGAGACUGGCAGGAUGCUAUCCGAAUGGAUCAAUAUGUUGACGAGACUUGGGACCAAAGAGCAGCAGAAAAGGUUCUCCCAUCUCUUGAGGUCUUAUUCCCAGACUCAUCUCACCCAAGAUUAGAGCCCACCAGCCGCAAAUCCCUUGCGUCGGAGGCUUCGGAGUCCCAGCCAUUGAGCAAGUCAAUUAAGCCAAUUUCGACCGGGGCGGCAGCUCUUAAGCGAAGUCGGUCACAGUCCACUUCUUCCUCUGCCUCAGCUGACGAAGCUCGGACACCAAUCGCGAGCUCACAUGUUUCAAAUACGGCCACGAGAAAUCAAAAUAAGCGUAGCAGAAAAAGCUUACCCACCCCAGUCAACAAUGCCCCUGAUGAUGAUGGUCCAAUGACCGCCAAAGAUCGUGUCCCGGAUCCGGAGUCUGGAUGGAUGCGAGAUGGCAAUUCACACCUCAACUCACAAGCCCUUGCCAACUUUAUCAUCACCCGACUCAAACACGAGCGGCUGCCAGCCGAUGGUUUCUCUACCCAAUCUAUCCCACAUCAAGGUGCCUUAUCUGAUACGACUAUUGCCCAAGAUUCACCCGCACUCAAGCUAGAUCCGAUCGAAGCCCAGUUACAAAACAAUCAGUAUACAUCAAUGGAAUUGUUUGAUCGAGAUCUCCAUCAAGCGUUUGUAGAUGCUGAGAAAGCUUAUAGCAAGAUGCCUGAUCGCCUAGCUGGUGUAUACGUUUUGAAACGUCUCUAUCAAGAACUCACUCAAGGAGAUGGUUCACAGACUCUCAGAGAUUCGAUCCCUGUUGGGGCUGCGAGAAAGCUAGCAAGUGUGACGAUGGGACCGGGCAACCGCCUACACCUACCUCGCAAUGACGAACCGGUGAAACUGAAAGCAAAGGAUAAAAUCUUACUCGAAGGGAUUCACCACAAGGGGGACUAUAUGAGGAUUGGCGAUUGGGUUCAUAUCUUCAACCCUGAUGAUCCAUCACGCCCAAUAGUUGCACAGAUCUUUAACACAUAUCGACGCGUCGAUACUGGCCGCCGCACGGUCAGUGUGUGUUGGUAUUACAGACCCGAGGAGACUGUUCACUACAUCUCGCGAACUUUCCUCGCAAAUGAGGUCUUUAAGACUGGGAACUUUAUUGAUCAUGUGGUGGAGGAUAUCAUGGGGAGAUGCCUUGUGUUAUUCUACACAAAAUACGUGCGAGGUCGACCAUCCGCCCCCCUUUGGACACCUGAAACGCCGACGUAUAUUUGUGAACAUAGAUACAAGGACGACCAAUUCAGUUUCAAGAAGAUCAAGAAUUGGGAUUCUUGCAUACCGGCGAACAUCCGAAAUGAAGGGACCGAAGAAAACUUCCAAACGUACCCUAACAUCCAACUAGUUUCGACCCUAGUAAGAUUACCAUCACCCUUUCUGAGCGCCGCAAGUGAUCGAUCAAAGGGCAGUGGUGAACCGAUUAUUGCCAGCCCUCAAGAGGUCGCAAAAGAAUUACCCAAAGAUCAAACGAAAUGCCACGAUUUGAAUCUGUCGCUCUCAGACGUUGAGAAAAUACUAGGUCGCUUGCCAACUCAUCCUCCCCGUCGACCCCAUGGGGUUGAGCCCGGCGAGGAGAGUGCCCAAUCCACCCGGUCCCCCAGCAUCCAAUCGAAAGCUCUCAGUCUCCCCCAACCGUCUUCGGCCUCUGCCACCCCUACCAUCACGUCCACCGUUUCGCCCAACCUUUCAUUUCCCCCACCGACUGGCAAGUCCUUCGAUUUGACCUCCCUAGAGCUGUGUCACUUGCUAGGUCAUUCUAAAAACGGCCGGCCCAAACGCCCUCCUUGUCUAUUGGAUCUCGUGGCCAGUCAAGAUCGCUUCGAGAAACUCCCAGAGAAAUUGUUUGACUCCGGAGAGUCAACUGAAGAUCGACCUAGUGUAGCCUCAGAACAACAGAGUGAAGAGCGAAGUCAUGACUCGAGUAAUCCUCCAAAAGGAGCAAGGGGAGUAGAAGGAGGAGGAGAAGAAGAAGACUUGGUUUGGUUCCCCUGCUUGCCCGCGUCCUUCCUCACAUCCAAAACCCAUCAUCAACAUCAUCAACAACAACACAGCCGAGCUAGCCAAAACGGUAACAGGAAGAACGACCAACACCGCGACCCUUCCCUAUCUUCAUCCAAAUCAGUUCAUAGUCAGGCUUAUCUUGAUUGGCUCUCCAAAAAAUGA